UACACUUUUUUGAGGCAUUGUGAACAGGACAAUUCAGAUAUCACACAAAAAGUAUUAAACAGAAAUACAUAUCUUAACAAAAUCAAACAAGGCAACACUGUUCAAAUAUACAUUUUGACAACUUUGACAGGAAAGUUGUUUUGUAAAUCGAGCAGAAUUUUUGUUGAGUUCUGUGGAUUCUUUGCGGUGUGCUUAAGCAAAUACAAGACGUUAAAAUGAUUGAAAUUACAUGCAACGAUCGUUUGGGCAAAAAGGUUCGUGUUAAGUGUAAUCCUGAUGACACAAUUGGUGAUCUCAAAAAGUUAAUAGCGGCACAAACUGGCACAAAGUAUGAUAAAAUUGUUCUGAAGAAGUGGUACACCAUCUAUAAGGAUCCGAUUCGUCUAUCUGAUUAUGAAAUACACGAUGGCAUGAAUUUGGAGUUGUACUAUCAAUAAGAAGACCAACAUAAAGUGAUUAUAUACUAAAUAAAAUGUGUACAGCGUAAGAAGGAUGUGAGUUAAGGAUUAUGCGUUGGAUUCAUGAAUCUUCGACAUCGUACUUUAUAUUUCUUCUAAAGAUGCUUUUUAUAACAAUUUAAAAAGCUA